CGCGAUUUCGCAUCGUCCGUGAAGCUUUUUGACUCCACGACAAGCAGCCACCGUACCGUACGAUACCAUUGAACUCUCAGACACCAUGCGUGACCUUACCAGAUCUUUCAUUCGUGCUCUUGAGUGUGGUGGUGUACCACUUCUGAUUGAAGCGGUUAUCAAAGUAGAACAAAACCAUGAAUCCACUGCUGGUUCUGAGCUUGCGACCCCCCCUGGGCGAAAUAUGUACACAAUUCGAGAAAGUUUAUUGGAAAUUCUGGGCUGGACAAUGCGAGCUAUCAUCACUGUAAGUUACUGUGACCACCUUGUGAUUAUAGCGAGCUAUCUAUUUCCUCUCUAAUCUAACCUACAAUUCUAGGGUAAUUUUAUACGUGAUGGACUCCGUCCGAAGCCAGGUGAGACGUUACCAGCCGAUUUUGAAGUCCGAGACUCUCAGUCGAAUACAACAAAUUCCUAGCCCUCCCAGCCCUCCCAACAUUCUCAUGGUUCUGGUAGUAGUGUUCAAUGGGAGGUUGAGCGCAUCGAAGAUGCUGCAAUUUGUGAAAUCGAGGAUAGUGAUGACUACGGUCGCGUGGUUUACCACAUCAAAUGGACGGGAUUUGCUCACCACGCGAACACCUGGGAAUCAAUCGACAAUUUAACAAGCUGCAGAUUGAAAAUCCUUCAAUUCUACCACGAUAAUCCGGAUAAGCCACAAUACGGCCCUAACGACUGCCAGGAAACAUUGAGCGUUGAGCAUCUUGAUUUUAGUGGUAUUAGUGGGUUUUUCACCAACGACCCUCCUGCUGAGCACCAAAUUAUUUACGCUCAUUGGUUGGUUGAUAAUACCAAUACCAGUUCUCGAGGAGUUUCUCCCACUACUAAACAGCUCUUUCGUAUCCUUGAGUUGCUCGAAUUUUACAUGUCUGAUUUCCCAAUUGAUCACCCCGGAUAUACAGAACAUCUGGAAUUUAUCCGAACCAUUGGCCAAUUGGAAGAUCCAGACCAUCUCUUUAGAGCAAAUUGGGACGAAGAACUUAACGAUAAUGGACUUCGUCGAUACCUGAAAUCCCAAGACAAUUUCGAACCAAAUCGAAGAGCCCAAAGAAUUUGUCUUGAGACCACUAUUCCCACCAUUCGAUCUCAGUUAGAGUUAAUUCCCAUCGAGGAAAGAGAUCGACCUUAUCCAUACCCUCUCUCCGAGAUUGGCUUUACCGGAAAUGCAAAGAAAAGAAAGAGAUCCUAUGAAGAUCACAGCAGCUCAAUGAAAACAAUGUAUUGUAUCGGUGCUAUAUCCAUUUAUCUAUUCGGGGUACGAUAUCAUUGGAAUUUUCACCCUCUCCCCAUCGUGAGAAGCUAUUCCGAGGCUAAAUGCUUAGAGCUAUUCUCCUCCCAACUUAGCCAAUCAUAUACGUGGCUCGGAGGUAUGAAUACAGAUCUCGCAGGAAAUUCGAACGAUUCGGCAGCCAAAAUCUCUACCGAGACAUAUCAUAUACUUAGAGACAAGACUCUCAAUAAUUACAUCAUCUUUACGAACUUGGAGCUGGCAAGAGAGAGAUUGGAGGAGAGUGUAGAGAUAAUGGGGUUAAAGUUGGAAGUUGAUGAACUCACAGAGAGACUAACUAAUGAAGAGGCUGAGAUAGCGGAUUUAAGAGCCAAACAAAGAUCUUUGCGGGAUGAAUUAGCUGUUUUGUUGAGAGAGAAGAAGAAAUUGGUUAAAAGAGCUGCAGCCGAGAGGAAUAUUAUCAAGGAGGGCCUAAUGGCUUAUGAUAGGAUGAAGGAAUUACAUACUUGUUUAAAGAAGUUAUUGAAUUAUUAGUACUUUAUAAGUUUAAAUUGCUAGCUUAUAACCUUGUAAUAAAGUCCUAAUCUUAAAUAAUACUAACUAGUAUUAU